CCUCCUGGCCCCAGGAACCUGAUUGGCCUCCCAGCCCACUGGGGGACCUACACACACGCAGAGGUCCGGACGCAGGCUCCGGGCAGUCCCUGAUACCCGCCCCUGCCUGGCUCCGCCCAGACCGCGGGAAGGUGAGGCCGGGGGCGGGGCCAGAGGUGGGGGGUCGGCCAGGCUUGAAGACUGCACUGCCCGCCAGCCUGGCCCACACCUGUCACCCUCCCAUGGGUCUGCUACCUCCGUGCUCCCCAAUAAUGCUGCUACUCUUGCUGCUGCUGCUGCUGGGACCUGGCCCCGGACCCAGCGUGGCAUCUAGGAGGUCACAUGUGCGCCGGCGUGGGAUCCUGGAACUGGCAGGGACUUUGAACUGUGUCGGAACCCGAACCCCUAUGGCCUACAUGAACUACGGCUGCUACUGUGGCCUGGGUGGCCAUGGCCAGCCCCAGGAUGCCAUCGACUGGUGCUGCUAUCACCAUGACUGCUGCUACACUCGCGCAGAGGAGGCUGGCUGCAGACCCAAGUUGGAGCGCUACUCCUGGCAGUGUGACAACCAGCGCAUCCUGUGUGGAUCCACGGAUGAUGAAUGCCAGAAGCUCCUGUGUAAGUGUGACAAGGAGAUUGCUUACUGCCUAGCCGGUACCAAGUACAACUUUAAGUACCUCUUCUACCCCCAGUCUUUGUGUGAGGAGGACUCACCCAAGUGUGACUGACUCCGUGUUCAUUUGCAAAAGGAAAUAAAGCUCCCUUUCAUUAAUGAACAACAGAAUUCAGUUUCUGGAGGAGGCAACUGAGGCCAAGUGAUAAAGCCACAUGAGCCUUGUGUUUGCCUUCCGGCCUGGAACUCAGAUUGAGUCUGUUCAGCUUCCAGUUUGAUGAAGGUCAAAAGUCCCAUUCCUAUUUUAUAAAACCAUGACUGUGUUGA